GAAAUGUGUGAAAAGAUGCAGCAGCAGAAGUCUGGAAAGCUGACGGCGAGGGAGCGCAUUCUUCUGUUGCUGGACCCUGGCAGUUUUGUUGAGUAUGACAUGUUCGUGGAGCACAGGUGCGCAGACUUUGGGAUGGAGUCUGAUCAGAAUAAGUAUCCUGGAGACAGUGUGGUAACUGGCCAAGGCUGUAUUAAUGGGAGACUGGCUUAUGUCUUCAGUCAGGAUUUUACUGUAUUUGGAGGGAGUUUGUCUGGUGCCCAUGCCCAAAAGAUCUGCAAGAUCAUGGAUCAGGCUGUCAUGGUUGGGGCUCCUGUAAUUGGGCUGAAUGACUCUGGAGGAGCCCGUAUCCAGGAAGGAGUAGAGUCUUUGGCUGGCUAUGCUGAUAUCUUCUUGAGAAAUGUUUUGAGCUCAGGAGUAGUCCCACAGAUCUCUCUUAUCAUGGGUCCUUGUGCUGGUGGAGCAGUCUACUCACCUGCUUUAACAGAUUUUACAUUCAUGGUGAAGGACACAUCCUAUCUGUUCAUCACCGGCCCUGAUGUAGUCAAGUCAGUCACCAAUGAAGAUGUUACUCAGGAACAGCUUGGGGGAGCAAAGACACACACUUCAGUAUCCGGGGUCGCACACAGAGCUUUUGAGAAUGAUGUAGAUGCUCUGCUCAAUCUCAGGGAGUUUUUUAAUUACCUACCUCUCAGUAAUCGUGAUCCAGCCCCAGUUCGCAAAUGCCAUGAUCCUAGUAACCGCUUGGUUCCUGAGCUGGACACAAUUGUCCCAAUGGAGUCUACUAAAGCCUAUGAUAUGGUGGACAUUGUACAUUCGAUUGUUGAUGAGAGGGAAUUCUUUGAGAUCAUGCCCUCUUAUGCCAGGAACAUCGUUGUUGGAUUUGCAAGGAUGAAUGGAAGAACUGUUGGAAUAGUGGGUAAUCAACCCAAAGUGGCAUCAGGGUGUUUGGACAUAAAUUCUUCUGUGAAGGGAGCCCGCUUUGUUCGAUUCUGUGAUGCUUUCAACAUUCCUCUGAUCACUUUUGUGGAUGUUCCUGGAUUUCUGCCAGGCACAGCUCAGGAGUAUGGUGGAAUCAUACGUCAUGGUGCAAAACUACUGUUUGCCUUUGCAGAAGCAACUGUGCCCAAAAUUACUAUUAUCACCAGAAAGGCUUAUGGGGGUGCGUAUGAUGUGAUGAGUUCGAAGCAUUUACGAGGAGAUGUUAAUUAUGCGUGGCCUACAGCAGAGGUUGCAGUAAUGGGUGCAAAGGGUGCUGUCCAGAUCAUUUUCAGAGGAAAAGAGACAGAUGCCGAGGCAGAAUAUGUGAAUAAGUUUGCAAAUCCCUUUCCUGCAGCUGUGAGAGGAUUUGUUGAUGAUAUCAUUGAACCUUCUACUACUCGAAUCCGCAUUUGCCGUGAUCUGGAAGUUCUGGCAAGCAAAACACUAUCCAAUCCCUGGAAGAAGCAUGCAAACAUUCCACUGUGAAUAUUAAGGAGAAUUAACUGCAACAUGAAGCCACUUUUGAGACAUGGGGAAGGUGCUUGGAAUACGUAUAUUAUUUGCUUAAGUACUAUGUAGCAAUACAUUUGACAGAAUUGUUUUAUCUGGUAUUACAUCAUUACUUAUAAUGAUCAGAUUCUUUAGUCAGACAACAGUCCUGAAAUUGCUUUCCCCUUUGAAAUUGUGAGUCCAAAUGAAGCCAAAGACCCCAGAGUCUGAUCUUCUGGCAUGGAGACAGAGAAGGAAUAUUCCAUGGCUUUCUGUUGGCUUUCCUUUGUUAUUUAGCACAGACAGAAAGGGCUCCAAUAGAGAAUUAUGCCUUUGGAUCCAGUCAGAUCUUGGUAUCAGUGGAAUUUGGGAAGGAUGCAUCAUGUAUGGCUCCUGGCUUGUUGGUUCUGUCCCUGCAUUUCAGCAACCAUCAGAUUUGUUAGGCCAAACUCCUAGGAUAAUCACUCUAAUGGUGCUGAUGGUAGGGUUCUUGAAGCACUGGAAAUCAUCCUGAAUGCAGAGUCCUGAGGAAUUUGUUCUUGGGAUCCAUGGUUUCCUUUCCUCUGUUGUUUUCUCCAGAGCUGUUGACUUUACACUCCCACUGAAGCAACACUCUUUAAGUGAGAUCACAUUCUCACAGGUGGGUGUAAUAACACUUGGCUAGAAACUUAAUUGUUUGUUUAAUUAAAGUUGGAUCUAAUGAAAGGUGUAAAAUGUGCUAAUGUAUCCUGAUAUUGCUUGAUCCAUUGUUACUUUUAUCACACCUUCCCACUGCUGUUUGUGACAAGAGGCUGACAGAAGGGAAAUUAAUAUACAACAGUGGAAAUUGGUAAUGGCUAAUUGAAAAUAAACAAGAUAUGCAAAUUACUGCACUGGAAAAUGCA